GAGACAUCGAAGAGGGGAGUAAGAAGCAUCUGAGGAGGGGAUAGAGGAGAAGUCGGUUGCUAUGGAAAUAUGACCACAUAAAGGAAGUCCAUUCUGAUAAUUCUAUACCUGAGAUGUAAUUGGACUGAAAAGUGGAACAGGAAAAUUUUAGUGCCAACCUUAAUUAUAAUGGCCACUGAUUCAGGGGAGCCAGCCAGUACAGAAGAUUCUGAGAAACCUGAUGGAGUUUCAUUUGGAAACAGAGCUCCUCAGGUUGCUGCAACUUUGACAGUAGAAGGUAGAUUAAAGGAAAAAAUCAGCUCCUUCUCUGCUUCUGGGGAAACUGUAGAAAGGAAGAGAUUUUUCCGAAAGAGUAUUGAGAUAAUGGAAGAUGACAAAGUUGCUGAAUCUUCUCCCAAAGAUGAGAGAAUAAAUACUGCAACAAACAUUCCAAGAGUAGAUAAACUUCCUACAAAUGUGCUAAGAGGUGGACAAGAAGUUAAAUACGAACAGUGUUCAAAGGCAAUGUCAGAAACUUCAAAAGAUUGUUUCAAGGAGAAAAAUGAGAAGGAAAUGGAAGAAGAAGCAGAAAUGAAGGCUGUAGCUACUUCUCCUAGUGGCAGGUUCCUGAAAUUUGACAUAGAGCUGGGAAGAGGAGCAUUUAAAACAGUAUAUAAAGGACUAGACACCGAAACAUGGGUUGAAGUUGCUUGGUGUGAGCUGCAGGAUCGGAAGUUAACCAAAGCUGAGCAACAGAGGUUCAAGGAAGAAGCAGAGAUGUUGAAGGGUCUCCAACAUCCCAAUAUAGUUCGAUUUUAUGAUUCAUGGGAGUCUAUAUUAAAAGGAAAGAAAUGUAUUGUAUUGGUGACUGAACUAAUGACAUCAGGAACCUUAAAAACGUACUUAAAACGAUUUAAAGUCAUGAAACCAAAGGUCUUAAGAAGCUGGUGCAGACAAAUUUUGAAGGGGUUGCAGUUCUUGCACACUAGGACUCCUCCUAUUAUUCAUCGGGAUCUGAAAUGUGACAAUAUUUUUAUCACGGGACCUACUGGAUCUGUGAAGAUUGGUGAUCUAGGACUGGCAACCUUAAUGCGCACAUCAUUUGCUAAGAGUGUCAUUGGGACUCCUGAGUUUAUGGCCCCAGAGAUGUAUGAAGAGCACUAUGAUGAAUCUGUAGAUGUCUAUGCUUUUGGAAUGUGUAUGCUGGAAAUGGCUACUUCAGAAUACCCUUAUUCUGAGUGUCAGAAUGCAGCUCAGAUAUAUCGUAAAGUAACUAGUGGCAUAAAACCAGCCAGUUUUAAUAAAGUCACUGAUCCCGAAGUGAAAGAAAUUAUUGAAGGAUGUAUUCGUCAAAACAAAUCUGAAAGGUUGUCUAUCAGGGACCUACUAAACCACGCAUUUUUCGCUGAGGAUACAGGCCUGAGAGUGGAGUUAGCAGAAGAAGAUGAUUGCUCAAAUUCAUCCUUGGCUUUAAGACUCUGGGUUGAAGACCCUAAAAAAUUAAAAGGCAAACACAAAGACAAUGAAGCUAUUGAAUUCAGUUUCAAUUUAGAAACAGAUGCACCCGAGGAAGUGGCAUAUGAAAUGGUAAAGUCUGGAUUCUUCCAUGAAAGUGAUUCCAAAGCUGUUGCUAAAUCUAUUAGAGACCGGGUGACCCUGAUAAAGAAGAUGAGGGAGAAGAAACCUGCCAGCUGUUUGGAAGAACGCCGGGAUUCCCCAUGGAAGUGUAUGGGGAAUGUAUUCCCUCAGCACCAGAAUACAACUUUGGCCCAUGCUCCUGCUCAGCAGGCUGGGACUGAAUGUGAAGAAACUGAAGUUGAUCAACAUGUUCAACAACAACUUCUACAAAGAAAACAACAGCAGCAUUGCUCCUUGGUUACAGGUGACAAUUUUUCUGAGACAGGAGCUGGAUCAGUUAUACAUUCAGAUACUUCCAGUCAGCUCAGUAUAGCCUAUUCCUCAAACCAGACGAUGAACUCUCAAAUGGUUUCUAACAUCCCACAGGCUGAAAUAAAUGUUCCAGGGCAAGUUUAUUCAUCUCAGCAACUAGUAGGACAUUAUCAGCAAAUUUCAGGGUUGCAGAAGCAGCCAAAGCUGACUCAGCCUCAUAUUUUGCCUUUGGUUCAAGGUCAGUCCACUGUUUUGCCUGUACAUAUCCUUGGACCUACAGUUGUUUCACAACGCCAGGUAUCCCCAUUAACUCUCCCAGAUGUCUCACAGUUAAAGCCUAUAUCCCAACCAGUUGGAAUUGAACAAGUGGCUCUUCCAAAACCAGAUUUAAUUCGAAGCUUGACUCAAGAUGUGACAGCUAUGAACGAAAACACCAAUAAUCCUGACAAUCCAAGUGGAAAUGGCAAACAGGAUCGAAUCAAACAGAGAAGAGCUUCCUGUCCCCGACCAGAGAAGGGGACUAAAUUUCAGCUUACUGUUCUUCAGGUAUCAACCUCUGGAGACAACAUGGUGGAGUGUCAACUGGAGACACACAACAACAAGAUGGUCACCUUUAAGUUUGAUGUUGAUGGCGAUGCACCAGAAGAUAUUGCAGACUAUAUGGUUGAAGAUAACUUUGUGCUGGAAAGUGAGAAAGAAAAAUUUAUAGAAGAGUUGGGGACUGUCGUAGGUCAAGCACAGGAGAUUCUUCAUGUCCACUCUGCUGCAGAAAGAGCCACUGGAGUUGACUCUAUUACUGUGGAAUCCAACAGUAGCCAAACAGGAUCAUCUGAACAAGUACAGAUAAAUUCUGCAUCCACUCAAACCAGCAAUGAAUCUGCCCCUCAAUCAUCCCCAGUUGGUCGGUGGCGAUUUUGUAUCAAUCAAACAAUAAGAAAUCGUGAGGCUCAGUCUCCUCCUUCUCUUCAGCAUUCCACGUCUACUUUUCCUGGUCUACAUCCACUUCUUAGUCCAAGAAACACAAGUAACAAAGAAAUAUCACAGGACGUACUGCUCACUGUAGAAAAUAAUCCAUGCCAGCGUGCACUUUUCACCUCCAAAUCAGAGCACAAGGAUGUAGUUGAUGGUAAAAUUUCUGAAUGUACUAGUGUAGAUACUGAGCAGCCAGCUAUACUUAAUCAAGUGGAAGCUAACAGGCAAAUAAUGGCAGUUACUAGCAGUUCCAGUAAUUCUGCUACUUCAGUUUAUACUGUUCCAGUUGAAUGUGAGGGACUGACUAAUCAAGCAGGCUUAUUCAUACCUGUGUAUCCAAGUCACCAAGCUGCCAGUCAGGCUGAUGUAGUUAUGGCCCAUCCUGGUGAAUCAACUCAGAUUGCUGGUAACUUUCCUCCUAUUCCAACAUUUGAAUCUGAUCAAAAGCCUCAAUCCUUAUUAGUACAACAGCCAACUAUGGAUGCAGAGUUUUUUCCCCAAGCAGGGGAAACCACAUCGAACACUGAAGCAAGUUCUCUUAAGACAGUUAUUUCCACUCAGACCCCUGGCCUUGAAUCAACUACUUUUCUACCCACUACUGUCUUGGAAUCAGAUGGAGAAAGACCUCCAAAAAUGGAGUUUGCAGACAACCGAAUUAAAACUCUGGAUGAAAAAUUAAGAAACUUGCUCUAUCAGGAGCACAGCAUCUCUAGCAUCUAUCCUGAGAGUCAGAAGGAUAUCCAAAGCAUAGACUCUUCAUUUUCUUCCUCUGCUGAAGAUACACUCUCCUGUCCAGUGCCAGAAGUCAUAGCUGUCAGUCACUAUGGAAUUCAAGAGAGCCUUGUACAAUCCUCUAGAGUCCAACAGACAGGAGCUAAGAUUCUGUCCAAUGUGGCUGUGAGUCAGCUUGCUAACGUAUCAGUGUUCAAAAGGGACCUGAAUGUGAUAACUUCUAUACCCAGCGAAUUGUGUUUACAUGAGAUGUCCUCAGAUGUUUCACUUCCAGGGGAUCCAGAGGCCUAUCCUGCUGCUGUGUCAACUGGUGGAGCCAUUCAUCUGCAGACAGGAGUGGAAGCAGAAGAUAUAAGAUCUGCGAUUGUUCCUGAUCCCAUUCCUCUGACACAGGAGUCCACAGCUGAUACUAGGGUUUUGAGUAGAUAUAAAACGAUGACUGGAUCAUUUCAGCGGGGUCGGUUCCAGGUGAUUACAGUUCCACUGCAGCAGUCAGUGAAAGUGACAUCUUUUGGAAUUGAACACAUACCAGUGUUCAAUGAAACAGCAAACCAUUCUAGUGAAGAAGCUCUAGCCUUUAGUGACACAGCAAAAUCUCAAUUGGUAGAAACGGAACCUGCCAGGCACAAUCCACAAGCUUCAUUUUCUUCUCAGAAGUUACAAGCUCUUCGUGAAAACUUUAACGAAGAUAAAGGAAUGCCCAAACAAGGUGACAACUUCUUAUCUUUCAGCACAGCUUGUGAGACUGAUGUAUCUUCAAUGAUCCCAGAAAAGGAAUUGGAAGAAACUUCAGCCACAGAAAGUGGCAUGCAGUCUGGAUCCAAACUGUUGCUUAAAGAGAGAGACAUACUAAGUACUGGGAAACAGCCUAGCUCUGACGGUGAAUUUUCAACCAGACUUGCUGGCAGUGGAAAUUCAGUGGCAAAGACUGGUCCAGAAAGUGAUCAGUGCUUACCACUCCAUGAAGAACAAGCCUAUGCUCAAACACAGAGUUCAGUCUUCUAUUCACCAUCUUCCCCAAUAAGCAGUGAUGAUGAGUCAGAAAUAGAGGAUGAGGACUUGAAGAUGGAACUUCAUCGAUUACGAGAAAAGCAUAUUCAGGAGGUGGUAAAUCUUCAAUCUCAGCAGAAUAAGGAGCUUCGGGAGCUCUAUGAACGUCUUCGGUCAAUUAAAGAUAGCAAAAUCCAGUCUUCGGAGAUUCCUUUGCCACCUGCAUCACCACGUCGACCAAGAUCUUUCAAAAGUAAACUUCGCAGCCGCCCCCAGUCUUUGACACAUGUGGACAAUGACAUAGUUGCUACAGAUCCACUGUGUGUAGAGAGUAAUGCAACAUCAUACCACCAAUCUACAGCCAGUAAAAAAGGGAUGUUCACAGAUGACUUACACAAGCUGGUAGAUGACUGGGCAAAGGAAGCAGUAGGAAAUUCUCUCGUUAAGCCAAGCUUAAACCAACUUAAACAGAAUCAACACAAAUUAGAGACAGAAAACUGGAACAAAAUAUAUGAAAAUACUUCAUCUACUGUGGGCUACACAUCAACAUGGAUUUCUUCUCUGUCCCAAAUUCGUGGAGCUGUCCCAACUUCCUUGCCACAAGGACUCUCACUCCCUUCAUUUCCUGGGCCAUCAUCAUAUGGAAUGUCCCAUGUUUGUCAGUAUAAUGCUGUUGGGGGACCAGGGUAUCCAGUACAGUGGGUAGGAAUUACAGGAACAACACGACAGUCUGUAGUAGUUCCUACUCAAUCUGGGGGACCAUUCCAGUCGGGGAUGAAUUUGCAGGUAUUUCCAACUUCACCAAUGCAGAAUCCAGCCACAAUCCCUCCUGGUCCCAAAUGAAUCAGCGUACAUGAUGAAGAAAAGGGAGAAUUUUUUCAGAAUUAUUUUCAGGACACCUAAGAUACUAACGUUUCUUCUUUUUGGGUUCUGCUAAGUUUUCCCUCAUUUGAGUUUAGACUAUUAUUUUCGUUGUUUCUGUGUGGCAUUCGAUACAGGUCAUCAUCCUUUAGAAAUGUGCAGUUUGCACAUAGAACACUGCACAUAUAAAUGUUUUUUCACUUCAAAUCCUAUCCUUUUUGAUACUUGAUUUUUUAAAAAUACCAUUCAGAAUGCUUUAAUAAACUCUCCUUAGCAUUACCAUUUCCAGGAUACUUUCCAUGCAUUGCUGAGAAGCCUCCAUUUUUUUUACUGCUGCUUUCUACAGCUAGAUGACACUUUUAAGAUGUGUAAAAAUUUAGAUCAGUUCUCCCGAAACAUGAAUGAUGUAAGACCCUCCAACAGCCAAUCUUGGGAUUCUUCACAUCUUUAUCUUCGGUUUACUUUUCACAGAAUGUGUGGUAAUAUGCUGCAGGAGAUGUUUUAGUAUAUAAAAUUAGAAUAACUUUGUCAACCAUUAUAGAACAUGAGCCCUUUUUAAUGUGAUUUUCUUCCCGUCAUCACAACAGUAGGAGUGAAGUCUUGUUUUGGGUGAGGCGGAGGGAAAGGAAAAAAAAGAACUGUAACAGUUCCUUGAUUCUGCAGAUACCGUAGCUGCUUUAGGAUUUCCAUAAUAAUUCAAGGCAGCUAUCUUCUUGUUUCUCACAUGCAUACUACAUUGGUUUUGAGCAUCUGAGAGGCAUCGAUUUGGCUUGCAUUCUCUUGCAAGGGAUAUAUUACAGCUGAUAUAAAUCUCAUCUAAGGUAAAUCUUUAUAUUACAAAGGAUAUUCAAGUUACACCUCAGUCCAUUCUUCUGAAGUGAAUUUACUUGACACAGAUUUUGUAGGUUUUGAGACUUACACAUGAAACACUGGCUUUACAGGGUUCUAAGAGAUGUAGGGUAUACACUGCCCUGCAGUGAGAUAGAAGACCCUAGAAGGAUACUAUGUAAGUUGUCCUUAGCUUCUUUGACUACCAUUUUUUAGUUAUUAUAGUUUCUAAUUUAGUAUCUAUAAUGUCUUAGAUGAUUUUAGAUGAGUUUGGCAGCCUCUUUAGAAUCAGAGAGAACACUGUCAAGUUGCACUUUACUGGGUUUUAUCCAGUUUCAGGAGGAGGGGAGGCAAUGUCAAAAUGUCUCUGGUUUUUAAGGUUAAUUAUAAUAUUCUUAAAGCCUGGUCACAGGGUUACCUAAUGCUCAGUCUGUAAAACCCAAGUAGAAAUAUUAAACGAUAUUUAUUAACUGCCGAGUAUAUAAGUUCAAACUACUUUCCACUCUGAAGAUUUCAAGGUUAUUUCUAGUUCACAUUUACCUAAUUAGGAGUUCUACUGGUAAACAUUCUAAAUCCUCAACUGACAUUUCUGUUAACAUAUUUUCCUCCAUAUUUCUUAAAAAUUUUACCCCAUGGGCUUGCCAGGCAGUGAGGAAAACUUAACGGGUGCACUUCUUCCUCUUUUCUUUUUGCACAAUCUACUUUGUGAUAUUCAGUACCCCUUUUCAAAAAAAUUGUGUCUUAUAUUGCUUACCUGAGGAUCAGACCCACUAUCAUGAAGACCCUCUCUCUAUCGUAUGGGGUAUCUAGGGCAGCAUUUUGAUAAUUGCCGUUGAUAAAAUCCACAGUUUCUUUUUAUAGAAUAUACUCUAUUUUAGAUGAGUCUUUCCAAAUCUUAUGUACAGAUUCUUCAAAUUCUUCUAUAGUAUUGCUUUACAAAUUGAAGUGAUUUUAGGACAUUAGUGUAAUUUCUAUGUUUACAGAAACAAUUCUCCUAAAAUCCAUAAUUCUUUAAAACUGGCCAUGUUUCAUUACAACAGUUGGUUUUGUGUAAUUACAUUGAGACAUACAAAAUACAAAGCAAAAAUAUUGGUUUUAAGACCCCUUCUCUGGUCACAAUCCUUUUAGACAGUGUACCCCAGGAUGAAAAACCCUCCAUGGACAACAUGUGUGAUUACAUUUAUUAAUAGCUGCUGUACAUCAUGUGUCCUACAUUUUGCUAUCACUUCUGUUUUACAUAUAAUUCAUCAUUCUUGUUUGCCUGCAGACUUUUGCAGUGCCUUGUAAUAUUUACAAUCUUUCCAGGUUUUUGCUGGAAAGAAAAAUAGUCUUCUAAAGUUUGAAGAUGGUGAAUAAUGUACUGCUGUCUCCAUGCUGACUGCAGUAACUGGCUUAUGUAACGUAAAUUUAAAAAUACAGAAAAAAGUGAAUUUGUGUAGAAAUUAAGAAAACAAUGUUAUUUUCAUCACAUGGGUUUUUAAAUUAUUUUUUCCCAUUACUUAAAUGUUUGAUUCAUAUUAUAGUUACUUUGACUGUAAAUAUUGGCUAGUUUCCUAUCUAGGGGUUUUACAUUAUUUCAUAAUUUUGCUAAAUCAUAUAACAGUGCUGUUUUCAUCCUUGCCUGAGUUCUUUUCCUCCCCAGAAAUAAUUAACUCUUGAAGCAAAUCUCAGAAAUUUCCCUUCUUACUUAACACAGAGCCUACUAUAUAAAAAGGGCCUUCUACCUAUUUAUUUCCAAAACACACACACAAACCUGUUCUUUUUAUUUUCCUUCUUGUAGAGGAAAAGGUUGUAUUUAAACAUCCUUCUUGUAAAGUUUAUUUGGAAUAUAGUCUGUAUGUCUGGCCACCAUGUUUACUUCUCAAACUGCAAGUCUGAUGAAUAGUAUUGUAUCCCCAUAUGUGGCAAUGUGAGUAUUUCAUCAUGAAGUAUCUGCUGCUAUGUCUGUUAAAUAGGGUGUAACAUUUUAAGAAUAUGAAACCAGUAUUGGUGUAAAUCUAAUGAAAAUAACCCUAUGUAUAUUUGCAGCAGUCUUGAAUCUCUAUUUAAGGUAAUUUGCUAUAAUAUAACAAAUAACCAUUCUGUUUUUCAUCCCUUCCUUGCCAGUUUUGUAUCAAGCAUGAAUUCCAGUGGUUUGACAGCAAAAUUACCUGUGAAAGUUUAAAAGGCACUUUUCUGCUGUGAUUUUUGGAUUGAGUAUGGUGUGUUAUGUACAGUAUUAUGGAUGUAUCAUUUUAGAACCCCCAAUUUAAUUCCAGUCCAAUUACUUUUGUUUAUCUACCUCAUUUUCAAUGCUAUUUAGGGUGCAGAAGUAAACACUGCCUGUGCAACUUGCUUUUUUGCCUUGAUUCUCAGUAUUCUUUCAGAUUAUAAAUUUGGCCUGCUGCUUUUUCCCAGGGCUAACCAUGACUUUCAGAGAGACCAUCAAUCUGCGCUUUUACAUGAUGAGAGCCAUGUACCUCUGUGAAAUAAGCUUUGGGUAUUUGGGGAUGGGGAACAGGGAAAUAAAUCUAGCCGGUGGCAAUAUGGAACUUAGUUGUAGGAAUUAGUUAUAAACAAACAAAUGGUAAGAAAGCACCUGAAUUAGAUAGUAUAGUGCCUAUAAUUUUGCAUUUUUAAUAGAGAUGUGCUUCUUAUCUGUGUGCCUAAAGGGCUAUGGUUGAAAUUGCUUUAACUACCACGGUAAAAUAUUUAACAAAUACUUCACCAACGGCCUAUCAUUCAACAUGUUAGCAUACUGCUAAGUAUUUGCGGUGAUAUUUUGUUACCUUAAAAUGGCCAAAUACAUUUAGUUGAAUUGUCGUUGAUGGCAAGGGUUUGAUGUAACUAUUUAUCCAAUCUCUCAAGUUCAUGGAGGCAUUGACUUUCUGUCUUCUGAAAGAAAAUUAUACAUUCCUUUUUUUCCACCUAAAAACUCAGCAGAUGUUUGCAACCAAAAGUUCCUUGUUUCCCAUGUUUACUGUGUAACACUACAGCAUAUUUAAUAUUCAUAAACAAUUGUAUUUCAGUCAUCAUGAAUAAGUACAUUCCUGAGGCAUAUUUGCCAUUAGUUUGGGAUUCAGGUAUUUUACCUGUGGUUAAGAAAAACUUGAGUUAUUUGAGGUGGUGAGCAUGCCAUUUUCUAGAAUAGAUUGUUUUUUUUAAUCUAUAAUUUAUUGAGGGCUCGUCCCCCCUACUUUGUUUAGAAGAUGAAGGGAAAAGGGGGGCAGUAUAUAGAAAAGGCCUUUGAUUUGAUAAGUGUUAUUUCUAGGAUUGAAAUUUUUUGAGAAAAACAAUCUAGAUUGUAAAAUGACAUUCAAACUUGGUAAAAUCAUUUGAAGUGAGAUUAGUAUGAAAUUUUUAUGGAGCCAAAUGUUUCAGGUCAGCCUGGAAAUACUCUUUGUAUAUGAAGGAUAAACACAAACAUUGCCCAGGGACAGGGACCUUGACAGCCAACAUAUGAAGGGGCCUGGGAUAGUAACUAGAUCCCAGUUAUUUUCAACUGAGAUAUCUGGAAGAGGAUAAACUAACAGCUCCCAUUCUGGAAGGUUUUAUUUUAAUCAACAAAAAACAGCUAAAAGUCAAGCAAGAAGGGAGACACUGGGCUUUGAGGAAAAAAGAAGUGCCAGUGUAAAAUAAACUCCUAAAUGCAUACUUACCAUCCAGUAGCUUUUAUUUUUAAUUUUCAUUUCUUUUCCAAUGUAAUUUGAGAUUUAAGAUUGAAGUUUGUGGUCUAGAACACACCCUAAGCAGAUACAGUGACUAAUUAGAAAGUGCAGUUGUUCAAGGUCUGUAAUGCUCAAUCAUCUAAAGCUGUAAUUUGUUUGAUACCAAUAUUAAGCAUGUAGACCUAGUAUAGCAUGGGAGCCACUCAGGAAGUUUAUGCAAAUAAAGUUUCAUGCAUAAUUUACGAUGAAGUAUGCAGAAUUUUAGCCACUUCUCUACACUUAACAUUUAGUUGUAUAUGUGAACUCUCCCUUUCUUAAUUGGGAAAUGUAGCAUUAUAUAGAAUGUUGUUAAACUUAAUUUUAAUCCGUUUUGACGUUAACUUUUCUUCUUUUUUUCUUUUUGUCAAACCAAGUGAUCUGUCUUUCAGCAGUUGUCUAAUUUUGGUUCUCUGAAACUGUGAUUUUUAUUUCAUUUGUACUAAACCACUGUAUGUAUUUUUUUCCUGGAAAUUUUGUUUUGAAACAGAAAAUAAAGGCUGUGUUAAAUGAGUAUGUUAUCUUAUUAAAAUGCUACCAUAGUCACUGCAA